UCCCUAUGAACAAAUGGAGUUAGCCGUUAAGACCCUUUCCUUCAAUUCCCUAAUAAGCCCUAAGACAACAUGUCAAAAGAAAAUAAUGGACAUUGGCAUUUCAAGGUGUUUUCCCCGACGAGCCUCUUGCUCUCUUGGAAUGACUAAUAUUGUCCUAGAAUGUUUUUCAAGGGCAAGUUGCAGAUUUUCUGCCUCUGCUUCUGCUGUAUCAGCAGAAAAUGUUUCCACUGCUCCUUUUGAAGACUUCUCUGUUACAACCACUGCUACCUCUAAGGUUACAGAGCUAAAGAUAAAAGUAGAUGUAUAUGGAGCCAAAACACAAGCUAUAUUUGACGAUGUUUUCUCCGAGAUGGUUUCUGCAACACAAUCUAUUCCUGGCUUCCAAAGAGUAAAAGGAGGAAAAACUCCCAAUAUUCCCAAUGAUGUCCUCCUUCACAUACUCGGACAUUCAAAAGUAUACAUGGAAGUAAUCAAGAAAAUAAUCAAUUCAACUGUUGCUGAUUAUGUAGAAAAGAAAGGUCUGAAAGUCACAAGUGAUUUGAGAGUUAAUUAGAGCUUCGAAGAGCUUGAAUCUACAUUUGAACCUGGUGAAGCGUUCAGCUUUGACACUGUAAUUCAGCUUCAAGGGAAGUAAUUGUUGACAGGGAUGAGACAACCUAAUGCAGUGAAUCCUCGAUGCUUAUAGUCUUGAUUUCAUUAUGUUGGUUUAUCUCAUAAUUU